AAACUGUGGUGUACCAGUUAUUGGAACUGUCGCACAAUACAACUAGAUUACAGAGGUAGUGAGGUGCUGCAUAGAGUGAUUCACUGAUCCAAAUCAGCAUCAAGAUGAAAAAAUCAAGCGGCAAGACGUACACUUCCAGCCAGGAGGACAGCGAGAACGACAGCGACGUAACGGAAUGCAGCAUCGGAAGCAACUCUACCGCCGGUACUCACCGCAGCGAUACGCCGACUCGUAGCGCCCGUUACAAACGGAAAGGCCGUCGCAGGAGCAAAACGGCCAAGUACAAACCCUCCAUGGACAAGCCGUUGUACAAGUACUGCUGCAGCGUCAAGGAGGAUCACGGGCAGCCCCUGUUCGGCGUACAGUUCAACUAUCACUUGAAGGAGGGCGAGCCGUUGAUAUUCGCCUCCGUGGGCAGCAAUCGCGUGAGCAUCUACGAGUGCCCGCAGAGCGGAAACAUACGGCUUCAGCAGUGCUACGCCGAUCCGGACACGGAGGAGAAUUUCUACACGUGCGCGUGGACGUACGACGACUUCGGCAAGCCCCUGCUGGGCGUCGCGGGAUCACGUGGCGUCAUCCGCGUCAUCAGCGCGGCGACGAUGACCUGCAUCAAGCACUACAUCGGCCACGGGCACGCGAUAAACGAGCUGAAGAUCCACCCGAGGGACCCGAACAUCCUGCUGUCCGCGUCGAAGGAUCACGCUCUCAGGCUGUGGAACAUCAAGACGGACGUGUGCAUCGCGAUUUUCGGCGGCGUGGAGGGCCACCGGGACGAGGUGCUGAGCGCCGACUUUGACAUACGGGGCCAGAGGAUCAUCUCGUGCGGCAUGGACCACGCGCUCAAGCUGUGGUCCCUGGACAAGCCGGACAUGCAGGAGGCGAUAAAGCAGUCCUACCACUGCAACCCCACCCGCAACGGCCGGCCCUUCGACUCGAUACUGCAGCACUUCCCGGACUUCACCACCCGCGACGUUCAUCGGAAUUACGUCGACUGCGUGAGGUGGUUCGGCGACUUUAUCCUUAGCAAAUCCUGCGAGAAUUGCAUCGUGUGCUGGAAACCGGGCAGGCUCGAGGACUCGCAGCUGCGCAACGGGGAGACGAGCGCGACGGUCCUGCAUCGUUUCGAGUUCAAGGAGUGCGACAUCUGGUUCAUACGCUUCUCCAUGGACUUCUGGCAGCGCACGAUCGCGCUGGGGAAUCAGGUCGGCCGCACCUACGUCUGGGACCUGGACGUGGACGAGCCCGGGCAGGCGCGCGGCUCGUCCCUCCAGCAUCCCCGUUGCACCGCGCCGAUACGCCAGACCAGCCUGAGCCGAGACGGCUCCGUGCUGUUGUGCGUCUGCGACGACGCGACGAUCUGGAGAUGGAAUCGCGAUCAUUGAACUCCACUCGAACACUUCCGUUUUUUAUCGCGACUAAGAAGACGUGCCUUUAUAUGUAUAUGCUAAAACUAUUAUUGAAUAUUCGUGCUUUUUACAGCGGUUUUUAAAUUCAUAGGCGAAACUUAACAAUGUAGAUUAAAGCGGCGUCUACAAUGAGACUUACGAUUUAAGAAAACUGAUCAGUCACAAUCGAUUUUUCAUCUCACGUAAGAAGAAUAAUCGAUUGUGAUUGGUCAAUUUUCUUAAAUCUUAAGUCUUAAGUUUCAUUGUUCAAAAUCAAACCCAUGUUAUGCGACGUCUACAAUGAGACUUAAGAUUUAAGAAAAUUGACAAAUUAUAUUCAUCUCACAUAAGAAGAAUAAACAACUGUGAUUGGUCAAUUUUCUUAAAUCUUAACGUCUCAUUGUAGACGCCGCUUAAAACCAUAAUCACACUAGCGAUUGAAAUUGAGAUUGGAUUGGAAUGUUAUCAAUCAGAAAAAAAGUAAUUAAUAUCGAGUUUAGUAAAUUUUACUUUGAUUGUUCAAUUCAAUCUCAAUCGCUAGUGUGAUUACGGCUUAAUGUAUGUACGCGCGCGUGUAUAAUCAAAAAAUUGCAUUCCCAAUUAUCGCAUACUGAACGUUUUUUAAUUGUACAGACUGCUAUCCGACGACGUAGUUGUUGUCGACGUAGCUGUAGUUUUAUAAUGAAGAAAUUACCAAUUGAACUGCGAGCAUCUCUAGAAUUAUAAGCGAAUGAGAUUAUAGAAAAUAGAAACCCAGUAAACGGAAAUGGAUUAAAAUAUUUUUUUUUUAAUUGAAAU